CGUUAACUAUUGGAGAAUGUCGGUAGGUCCGGAAUGUCUUUCCUUAUCAGGAUUGGACUUCCUCCCCGCCGCUCAAACUAUCCAGUCCUCCCGUGUUUCAUACACGCUUCCUGGAGGAUAACCACAGCCGUCCUACGGAGCAAGCAAGCCGGGGAGGUAGAAUGAGGUAAUUUGAGUUCAGUCUAUACAGUUGGAUUAAUAUUUACACGGUUAUUUUACCAAUUGAGUAUUAAGUAGCUAUCUCCAAGCUAGCUAGUCAGCAUAUUGUUGCUAGCUGACGUUAGUGAAAUGACAUUGUUUAGCUAGCUAAUGACAAAAUGAUGGCCAGCCGGAUAGCGCCUUGCUGCUAACGUUAGAUAUUGUGGCUAGACCGAGUUUUUAGCCAGGAUAAACAACCAGUUGCGUUUAUAACGUUAUAGCUAGCCAAUACAUGAUUCAACACAGCAUUUUUGACUAGCAUGCUAUCCACUGUAACAAGUUGGGAUAUCUUAUAUUGCCUAGCUUGCUGCUAACCCCAAUUGAACGGUAACUGCUUUGUAUACUGUAUUCCCUGGCGAUGGCUACUGUAGCUACCAGUCAACACAACAUGGGUAACUGUAACAAUUUCAAACGUCAGAAGUAGCUAGCUAACUUAUCAGCUAGCUUGCAAUAGUUACGCUAUGAGUAUUAACUGUAGUUAACGCUUGUCAUUUGCUAACGUUAGAUCGCUACGACACUAGUAGCUCGAUGGCUUCAUUCUAAGCCAACGUUAUUUGUCAGUCGCUCUAUCCUACUAGCUAGCCACUUGAGAACAGAUCACACAUUUCUAAACAAUGUUGUGUGCAAGACUGCCAAAUGGAUCCUAAAUGUUCCGAGCACGGUCUUGGUAAAACCAAAUUAGAGCGGCGAUACCAGCCACCCUGCAAAUGCACCAAGGUACCCGCACGAGCAAAUGCACCAAGGUACCCGCACGAGCAAAUGCACCAAGUAUUUUUUUCUUUAAUCAGAGGCUGCAUAUCUGCCAAGUCUUGAUUGUCAGCACCUUAGAUAAGUUAUAGACUGAACAUAACAAUUAAUACUUAAAGGGAAGCCUCUUAUGGGUCAGUUUUGUUAUGUAGUCUAUGAUGACUGAAUCUGAAUGAUAGACACUUAAUUCAAGGUUUUCCAGGCUUCAUGUUAACCAACACAUUGUGUUUUCAGUCCAUAGUAUUUCACUAGUAACAAUGUAAAGAACCAAUUGGUGAUGACUGAGUAAACAAUAUUUGAAGGUCGCUACGAGUUAUGCCUGCCGAAGUCAGUCCUGGGCAAGAAUCUGUCUAGUAGGCUAAUCCGUCAAUGAAUCAUACUUCCACUGGUUACAAAUUGUGAAAGAGACUGUCUGGACAAACGCCAUCCGUCAAUGUGUCCACCAAACUCGGUUAAUUUCAUUAGGCAUACGUGGUAAUAAACCAGUGCUCAUUUACCCAAAUUAGGUCGUCGCAUCAGUGAGCACAGAUGUCAGGAACGUGUGAUUCUAAAUCAGCGUGGUUUAGCCAUCAUGGCAUGACUUCAAGGAAUCCUGGACAUGGGGAUAAAGCAUGCACACAGAUUGCCUAAUCCAGUUUGAACCACAAUCUCUCACGAGUUUGCUGCCCUGCUUUCACUUCUGCAACUGGCCAAAGAGUCACUCACCUUUUGGAACAAUAUAAACCUGUAUCGGACUGUGAAACACGCAUACGCACCACUCUAAACGUAGAAGCAGGACAUGGUGAGGGAGCCUGUCUCGGUCACUCGGCUGGAUUGUUGGAAAAGUUGAUUUGAAAGUCAUUUCCUCUUUGUUUUCUACUGUUCUAUUGUUUUCAUAAUGACUGCCUUACAAGGUGCUACUGCACAUGUUUUUGUCAACGAAACAUGAAGGUAUACUUAUCUAUGUGAAGGAACAUGGACCCUUGAACUCAAGAAAUGACAACCCCCCCCCCCCGCACAAUCUAGUAAAAUGUUUGAGUUUUUAUCUGUUUUGUUUGGUUUUCCAUCUCUGUCUUUGAUGGAAAACAACUGAUUAUGUGGCAUUUUUCAUUCAGAUGACACUUAGAAUUGGACAUGGACCCCGUUGCUAUCUCACUACUGUAAAGCCUGAUUGUCUCUUGAAGAGUACUAUUUAAAUUCUACCUUGACACACCUUUCUCCUGCCUCCACAUAUCUCUCAUUUCUGUGGAAGACCGGGACGCUUGACGUCAGCACUUAACACACAAUAUUCCACUGCAAUCUAGUGCUAAUUAAAUUGCUGUAGCCUCCUUGCAAGACCAAGGUGUGUUCAUUUUUGUCUGGUUCAUAGUUAAGAUUUGUUGUAUUUUAUGUUAUUUAAACUCUUGUUUGACAUGUAGCUGUCAUUUCUAAGCUGCACUUUAUUGAUAAAUAUCAAGAUAAUUUCAAACUGUAAUUUAAGCAUAUCUUUGAGUUUUGUAUAUUUUUUUAAUCUUUAGGGGUAUAUAUAUUCUGUUUUAGUUUUAAACUGGAAAAGCAUAUCGUUUUUGUUUACAAGCCUCAUGUCUAUCAUUCCGAAAUGGACAAAUCUAGAAUCUGAUAGCAUUUAAGGACAAGGCAGACAUAAUCUGGAAUUGACAGAUCUAAGAUCGAUCCUUGUCUUCGGCAUUUGCAUUGUGAAGGCUGGUGUUUUCCAUUGUUUUUAUCUGUUCCUCUGUUGACACACUAAAGAGAACAAUCUCCAUUUGAAAGCCAGUGGGAUCGUACAAUACUUCUUUGAGUGCAGAUGGAUUUCACAUGUCAAACUCAGAGGUGCUUUUGUGGCGUUGCCUUUGGAAUUCAAGCACUGAAGUGGAAGAAUGAUUUUAAGGAGGUUUCAGGGAUAAAUAACUUGUGUUUUAGUUUUUAAGACAGACUGACAGGUCUAUAGUUAUAUUUUGGUCUUCCCAGCAGAUCCUAAGGAGAGGUGCUUCUAUUUGAUUCUCCUUUAAGGUGGCCAUCAGUCGCCGAACUGAACUGACAUGUGUAUCACUACCUGAAUUUAAACAGACUUAUUCCAUCCAACAAACUUCCAACUGCAUGAAACACUCACACACCGUCCACCUGUCAGGAAACAGACCUUACCUACCCUAAACCUGAGGGUUGGAAAUCCGCUCCCGUCAAGCCCCCCACACUAAGGAUGCGUUCCCCAGAGCCCCCCAUCCCAUCCCCAGCUGAGGCCCUACUCCACUGCCAGUUCGGGGGCUGGGCAACGGGCAGCAGCUGCAACAACAGCUGCCCCAACAGCCCUGGAGGUCCUGGGGGUCUGUCAUCCCCUUCUCCCUCCCCCAGCCCCUCUGCUGCCUCCAGCUAUGCCUUGACCCUCACCCCUUCCCACAUCCACGUCCAGCGUCUGGCCCCCCGCACUGGUAAAGAGGCACGUCUAAUACUACCCCUGUCAGAGCUGGCAGGGUGCAGCUGUCCCCGCGCCCCUGCUCCCCCUUUGCUGGUCCUAUACUGGUAUCCCCCGGGGAGGCGGAGGAAGGGGGUGUCCAGGAGGAGACAGGUGAGGGUGUACCUGGCUGAGGCCAGGGUGGAGGCUGAGAGGUGGUCCACUGCUAUACAAUGUCUGCUCAGGGGAGUCGCCAUCACUGCUGACACGGAAAUUGUCAAACGUCUACUGCCCCGUCCCCGAAGGCUGCUGCUAUUGGUGAACCCCUUCAGUGGGAGAGGCCAGGCUAUGCAGUGGUGUCAGACACACAUCCUGCCAAUGAUCAGAGAGGCUAACAUCAGCUACAACCUGAUACAGACAGAGCGACAGAACCAUGCCAGAGAGUUGAUCAAAGAGAUCUCCCUGCCUCAGUGGGACGGCAUCAUCAUCGUCUCUGGAGAUGGCCUGCUGCACGAGGUGAUCAAUGGUUUGAUGGAGCGUCCAGACUGGGAACUAGCAAUAAAGACACCUGUAGGUAUCCUUCCCUGUGGCUCUGGAAAUGCCCUGGCUGGCUCCAUCAACCACCAUGCGGGUUAUGACAUGUGCCUUCGGGAGCCUCUCCUCCUCAACUGCUGUUUUCAGCUCUGCCGUGGUGGAGUCAAGCCCAUGGAUUUGGUCUCUGUGACAACCAGCCCCGCCCCUUCUCAAAAUGGCCGCCCGGGUCUUCCCAGAAGGAUGUUCUCCUUUCUGUCUGUGGCCUGGGGCUUUGUGUCUGACGUGGACAUCGAGAGUGAGAGGUACCGGGGUCUGGGGUCGGCACGGUUCACCCUGGGCACUCUGGUCCGCCUGGCCUCCCUGCGCUCCUAUAAGGGCCGUCUGUCCUACCUGCCCCCCUCCAUAGUCGCCACAUCCCCAGACGCCAUCCCUCCGCCCCUGCGCAGACCCCUGUCCCGCAGCAUCACUGAGGGCCUGGAGGGCUUCUGCCACACCCCCAUCCAACGCACUAGCUCUGACAUGGGCCUCAGCGAACAGAGGAGUCUGAGGAAGGUAGACACGGAGAGGGAGAGGGAGAGAGAGAUGGAGAGGCAAAGAGAGAGGGAGAGGAGGAGGGAGAGGGCCAGGGGAGGGGGAACAGGGGUGGUCAGGGCGAGUAGCUUGGCAGAGGAUAGAGAGAGAGAGAUGGAGGGUGAGGCGGGGAGGUCAGGGACAAGUUCGGAGAGAUCUGGGACGAGUUCGGAGUCGAACGAAAGGGAAGAUUACAGGAUGGGAAGGGAGGAUGGGAUGACGAGGAACAUGGAAGAAACGCCAGAUGAGGAAAGAGAAGACGGAACGAUGGAGCAGGACUCAGGGGUGAUAGAGGAUAUAGAGGAGAGAGUGAGGAAUGGGGAAGGUAGCAGCGGCUCAAUGGAUGGAGUGAUGGAAGCGAAGGAGGUUGGAGAGGAGUACGGGGGGGACAUGGGGCGAGAGCCCAACGAGGACCCAGAGGGGUGUUACUCGUACCCUGACAACCUCCAGCAGACCAGACUGGCUCUAAGGAAGAACUCUGCCCCUUCCAGCCAGAUAGCUAACGCCUUCUUUAGCCAGCCCCUCAGCCAGGAGGCUGACCCCAUGUCUGGAGCCUCGUACAGGGCAGAAGAGAUGGAUCUGAACGAAACAUACUUCCAGAAAGAAGCUUACCCACUGGACAUCGCCCGGGAGAGAGCCCUCACCAUAUCCUCUCCCUUCAGACACUCUCCUUUCUCCUUCAAGCCCAAAUCUCUGGACCAGAACGCAUCCCGCCCCAGACCCCUAUCCCUCCUCCACCACCCCCACUCCAACUCCCUACCCCCUAAACUCCCCUCCCUGUCCCUCUCCCUCUCUCCCACGCCCCCUUCCUCCCCGUCCUGCGCCUCCCCUCACUCCUCUUCCUACCUCGUUCCGCGCCCCAACACACCCAACUCUACUUCCCCUUCCCCGUCUCUCCAGUCCCCCUCCUUUACCUUUGACAUUGCAGAGCCUGCUGGACCCCUCAAGAACCGCCCCCCCGUCUCACUCCCUUUCAAUCCCCCCAGGGAUGACCUCCUGCCCCCCUUGGACCAGGCCCUGCCGACCCGGGACUGGGUGACCAUCGAGGGGGACUUUGUGCUUGUGCUGGCCAUCUACCAGUCCCAUCUCGGGGCAGACCUCCACGCCGCCCCCCAAGCCAGGUUUGACGAUGGGCUGAUCCACCUGACAUUUGUGCGGGCAGGGAUCUCCAGAGCCACCCUGCUCCGUCUGUUCCUGGCCAUGGAGAGGGGGGCACACCUGUCUCUCAGCUCCCCCUAUGUGAGCCACGUCCCAGCCAGGGCCUUCAGGCUGCAGCCCCUCUCCCCACGAGGAACACUCACUGUGGACGGGGAACUGGUGCCAUACGGCCCGCUGCAGGCACAGAUCCAUCCCUCCAUGUCCCGGCUCAUUGUCGGCGACUCUGGAGUGAAGAUCACCCGAUUCUGACAAGGGAUUGGCUGACCAGAUCAGCUGAUACGGCGCUCUCUCCAACUAUAUAAUCUCUGUUGCCAUCUAUGUUCACAGAGAAAGGGGAGAAAAAAGCCUCAGAGACUGAAAAUAGCCAAAAUAAUUUCUGGGGUUUAAUGGAAGGGAUCACCUGCUGAGCAGAGCGGCGGUGCAGGACGCAAGCCGAGGGAUUAAUAGAGAAUUUUAAAAACGGAUGAAAACGAGCUUUGUUGCACAGCUGUUGGAUUACACUCCGUUUAUCCUGAGAAGCCUGUACCUGCAUAGCCAUGGGAACAAAAUAGGGGGGGGGAACAAGUUGAAUGUGUAUGGGGGAGUGUGUAUUCGGUGCAUGUGUGUGGUGUAUACAUUCUAGUAUGCACAAAUGGCAUGCAGAGAUGCAUAUUUCCUGACCUUGCCUUACAGAGUUCAGAUGUCUUUGUUCUCUAUCAAAGCUGUCCUAGAACAGUUCUAGAACUAUUUCAGAGGGAGCCACACCCUCAUGCAAAUGUAGAUCCCCUUCCGUAUUGGAACCACUGUCCUUCCCUGUAAUGCCUUAAAGUACAACUCCUGUGACUUUGCCCUUUCAGUCUUAUAUAAGAAGCCUAAACCUGCGACAACGCAAAUCUCCAUUCACCAGAGGCUGGUGGGAGGAGCUAUAGGAGGACGGGCUCAUUGUAAAGACUGAAAUGGAAUUAAUGGAACGGUAUCAAACCCAUACAAAACCCCAUGUUUGACUCUGUUCUAUUUAUUCCAUUCCAGCCAUGACAAUGAGCCUGUCCUCAUAUAGGUCCCCCCACCAGCCUCCUCUGCCAUCCAGGUAUAUCAGAAGGGACCGUCCACUACAGGAAAAACAAAGCAAAGCUAAUGAGCAUACUGUGGUGUUAAGUUUGUAUUGGUGUGUAUGUAAUAUCUGUGCACAAAGGAAGUUAAUUAGCAAUCCCAUGGAGACGAUUACUCCUAGAAUAAACCAGUAAAGAUAGAUCAACACUGAAAUAAAUAUAAAUCUCAUUGAGUCCUUUUACACGGGUAUUCCACAAUAGGAUAGAUGAGACUGUUGAACAGUAGCCAUCAUGGGUUAUAGUGCAUUUGCCUGUUUUUCUUAGAAAAAAGGGUGCAUGAUGAUGAUGCUAGAUUAUGAAGUUGCAACAGAGUGAACACGAGACUGUUGCUUGAUCAAGUUUCAUGUAUGUUGUCACGGAAUCCUCAAAGUCUCACAAAGACCCAGAAUGCUGGUUGUUUUCAGCAAAUAGUCACUAGUUCCACAUGUUUAAACUGCCUUUUUACAUACCUCUGUUGUAGUCCGUUUUAAUUGAUAUAAUUGUGAGUAGAUUCUGAAGUGUUAUGCAGCUGCAGAAAAUCAACACUCGAUUGUAUUCUAUCUCUUAGAUAAAGAUUGCUGUUGAAAGGAACAAGAUGUACUUGUCUUGCUGGUGUUAUUUACCACAUGACAAGCAGAUCGUUUCCAUAGGAGACAGUUAUAAUCUUAAACAGACAACAUAAACUCAGUAAAUGAUUGAUUACCAUCUUGAGGAUUUAGCUAGUCACAGACAAGACUGUGCCUCCCAAAUCAAAUCAUAGCCUACAUUUCAGAAAUGGUUUUCUCAAUGGAAUGUAGCCUAUACAGUUGAAGUCAAAAGUUUACAUGCACUUAGGUUGGAGCCAUUAAAACUAGUUUUUCAACCACUCCACAAAUUUCUU